AUGACGCCUUUGUUAGCACACCACCCGAGUAGACGAAUUCCACGCGGGCAGUUUUCAACACAACUACACAGAGAAAAUUGUAAAAUUUUUGCAACUAGAAAAAAAAACAAAAAUUAUUUUGAAGGACUGGAGAAGAAAAAUGCCACAAAAACUUAUGACAGCCCCAUUUUGUCUUUAAGCAUCCCACCUCGACAUACGAACAAGCAGUCAAAGUUAUUGGAACAUUUAAUGAUGAUUAAAAUCUUCAGCGAUAACAUUGAAACUGUUGCCAGACCUUUGCCAGACCGUUGCCAGACCGUUGCCAGACCGUUGCCAGACUGUUGCCAGAAGAAGAAUGUUUCUAAAUUUUUAGGAUAUUUCAUGUUUCUGGAGUUGUUUUGUGAACCAUUAAACACGCUGAGGCCUGGUGGGAGCAACCCUGUCUGCCUACCUGCCUAA